AUGGAUAAGAUGAAAUUCUGUGGGGAUUUUAUGAAGACUGAAAGGAUGAAGAUCAAUCGCUUUUACGGGGUAUUAAAGGCGGAGUUUAGGGAGUUCAUCACUCCUUCGAAAUGUGAAACCCUUGAUGAGCUUAUCAACCUGGCACGGGAUGGAGAAAUCGAAAUCAAGAGACAAGAAGAACGUGGUGAAAAGAGACCCAGUGAAAAGGGUGCAAGUUCGAGUCCAUCUAAAAAGGGGAAGAAUCAAGAGCAAGGAAGGAAGGAUAAGUCAAAGGGGGGUAUUACUCCUUGCAAGACUUGUGGAAAACUUCAUACUGGCGAGUGUCUGUUAGGCAAGAAGGGAUGUUACAAAUGUGGUAAGGAGGGACAUUCAUCUUACCAAUGCCCGAACAACCCGAAGACUUGUUUUAGUUGUUUUGAAAGGGGGCACGUUAAAUCGGAGUGCCCUAAACUUCAGCAAGAACCGAAAAAGGAAGAUAAGAAGCAAGAGGGUUCUAAAGCUAAAGGGAGGAUGUUCUAA